CAAUAAUGUUGUAUUGCCCGAUUACCGAUUCACGCAAUCGAAGAAGCAGACAGAUAAUAGUGAGUCGCGACACUGGUGGCCGUUUCACCAAGCUACAUUUUUGUAUACAAUGGCGCUACCCACGAUCUCAAAACUUGGUUUCGAGCUGUCAAGGAUAGGACAGAAUGGACCACGGAGUUUUGUUACAAGCUGUUGUUGCCUGGUGGAGCAAGAUUGGCGAUACAAAAAUGGACUACCGAGAAAUCCGAACGCAUAUGGUCCCCUGACGGACGGACGUGACUUCACUUUUGUUGAUCAAAGAGUUACCCCAAUUGGUGCUGGGCAACUAAAACGUCUUGAGAAACACAGAAUCUAUGCAGAAAAAAUUCUACAAACUGUAAAAGAAAUGAAUUUUGCAAUUGAGAGACGUUCAAACCUACAAAAACAGAGGGAAGAAAAUCAGAAAGAGAUCCUAGAAAGCAAAUUGAAACCAAAAGGUCACUUGCUGCUUUCUGGACAUAAAAGAAAAAUCUUUUUCAGUUUAAAACUUUUGGUAAAGACUUAUGUUCAAGAAGACUGCCAUAUCUUAACCUCAAGUAUCAAGUGACUGCCAUGGUAUAGGACAGAGUCAUGGAACCCUGGUUGGUUCACGCUGAGAGGAAUCCCUAUGCCGCGUUUCAUUGGUCUGUGUGUCUAAAAUUUCGACGGUUUUGGGGCGGGACACAGUGGUGGAAACCAGAAUCAGAGUCAUCUAUCGAGAGAAACUGAGUUAUUCAACGGCCAUUGUCAGUUGUCGAUGUCAGAUGGCUGCACUCGGUGCAGUAGCCAGUGCACACUGGCUCGGAGCGAGAAGGGUCAUGUGACGUCAUGUACUCCACCGGGUUGUCAGAAAAUGGAGGUUACACUCGAACACUUUUUUCACUUUUUACGCAGAGAUGUGCACAAGCAAAUUUUGUUCAAGCAAUUUUCGAUUAAUCAAGUAAAUUUUUGCUCGAGUAAAUAAAUAAUUUUUUUUCUUGCUUGGGUUUGUUUGAACAAAAGUCAAACAAUUUCAAACAAUUUUUCAAUUGUUUGUUUGGUUUUGUUCAAACAAUAAAAAAAAAACUCAAAAGUUUCCAAGUUUCCAAGGAAAUGAUGAUUAGCGCAACAUGUUUCUCAGUGACAGUAACCAGUCAAUCAGGAUUCAGUCAGUCAGUUGACUGACUGACUGAAUCCUGUAGUUCGACACCAACAGAAAACUCAAUGCGGACAGCAAAUACGACAGCGCCAUCAUUCAUCUAGCAAAAAAAUCAAAAUAUCGGCUUUGUACGGCAUCGUCUUGGAUACGGAACCUGCUACAAAUGGAACCCGAGAAGAGCUUCUGAAGCCUGAAAUGCAAAACUUCCUCGCCAUUCCAAGAUUAUCUGCCGAUGAAAUGGACGAGCUAGAUAUCUUGUCUUGGUGGAAGGGGCGUCAAUACGAUUUUCCGCUUCUUGCAAUAUACGCCAGACAAAUAUUAGGGAUAGUUGCUACCUCGGCACCGUCUGAAAGAGUCUUUAGUACCGGAAGAAAUGUUGUCACUCAACAACGCCAGCGUUUGGAUCCACAAAAUGUGGACAAAUUAAUCUUUCUCAGUGCAAAU